AUCAACAAGUUUAGUCGUAUAUUUAGUAACAACAUAUAUCAACUCAACAGACAUAUCUUUUAAGUUUACAAUCAAUAAUGCUGAAUAUGAGAUUACCACUAUUAAAAUAUUCUUGGAUGUCUAUGUGUCAGUUUUUGAAACUAAAUACGGUUGUUCGUAUGUGGAACAAUAGUUAAUUACAGAAAUAAAAAUGUUGUACAAGGCAAUAUGUGCAUGUGUGUUUUGUUUGGAGGUUGUUGUUCUGUUUCAUACGUUGCUCCACUUCAUUCCCUUUCUCUCGUCAGUGACUCAACGAUUGACGCUCUCAGAUGAUUCAAUACUUUCCAUGUUCACAAUAGAUGCGUUACAUUCUGUGAUGUUUAUUGGACAGCACAGCAUAUUGGCCUCAACAACAUUCAAGAGCAUACUCGAGCAUUUGGGUUUAUCGGAAUUAUGCAGAGCGCUGUACGUAGUAUCGACGUCCAUAGUUCUACAGGUGAUGAUAAGAAACUGGCAAUCGAUUCCAGAAGUGUAUCUGUGGUAUGUUGAUCUGAGGGAGUCCCUUCUUCUUGCCAAUUUUUUCCUGUUUCUACACUGUGUGUUUUGGACCAUUUUGGCUUUUCAAAUACUCGCUGCAUGCCCUCUGUACCACUUCGGAUUUGCGCAGAUUCUUGUUACCCUCGACUGGCAAGAACGAAGAAACAACAACGAAUCAAUGCUGCACCAAUUGCUGAGCCGCUUGCCUCACCCCGGAGGUUGUUGCUUCAUUUCAAUCCUGUGGUGCCAUCCCCACAUGACCUUUGACCGCAUGAUAAUCGCGACCGUCUUCACUAGCUACCUGUGUGUCGGGAUGGAUACAAACCGAUCAGACGUUAUUCGCGCUCAAAAUUACCAUCACUGCAAGAAGACAAGAACUGUUUAUAAGAACUUUUAAUGAUUUAGAAGCAGAAGUAGAUCUAAAAGGAGCGAUGUAUACGUACAUGUAUGCUUAGUUCGGAUGAUAUUGUUUUUUUCAGUAAAAGUUUAAAUGUUUUGGUUUUAAAGACUGACAUUGACAGUCGACACUAUGCACAAUGAUAUAUAUGUUACAAAGUUAUAAUAGUAGUUUUAAUAUGAAUAUAAUUUCGUGUUUUUGAGAUGUGUACACAUAAAUUACAGUCACACAUACAGUCAUAUUUGAGUGCGUGUUUAUGAGUUGUGUAAAACUAUAUCACUGUCUCACAUCUAUCAAUUCUGCAUAGACAAGUCUGACCUAUUAUUGUUAUGAGUGCUACUUAAUUACACGUUUCGUUCCCUAUAUGUAAUGAUGGCUAGUUCCUCAUGGUGUUACUUCAUUUCUUCUCACGAUGUCUCUACAUACAUGUUCAAGUGUUACAACACUUACAUAAAUACAUGAUACAAAAUUCCUUUGGGUCGUAAUAAAUUCGUUUGGCAUUUGACAUAUAAACAUUUACUAAACUUUCACGUUUCGUUCCGUGUAUGCCAUGAUGCUAGUUUCUCACGUUGUUUUGUUUUUUAAUUUAAAUAAAAAAUUAUCUGUGUUA